AUGGCUGGAAUGUUAAAACACGUCAAUGGAGAGGUAUCAAAGAAGAAUGGAUACACUAUAGAAAGAGACGUCUUAUUACUCAUUUUGAAUUACGCUGACGGUAAAGGAAUUUUCUGUGCAAAAGACAAGCUUUUAAAUAAACGCGAAUUCAAAUAUAUUUUAGACGCUAUUCCAAAGAAAUUUGAAUCAACACCACAACGAACUUUGAUACGAAUUUUUUUCAACUUGAUUGAUGAAAACAAAGAUGGCUUUAUUGAAGAAAAUGAGUUUGCUAGGUUGUAUGAAAAUAGAGACGAAAAAUCAAGAAAAACACACUUCCAAUAUGCUAAUAAAUCUAGAACUGGAAAAUUGACAUUCGAUGAAUUCGUCAAGAUCUUCAUUCUCAAAUCGUAA